AUGGUUCUUGAUCGACUCCAGCAGUUGACCCAUCAGGUCAGCGCGAUGGCCGCGCCGCGACACCCUUUUGAUCCCCUGUCUUCGGCAGAGAUUGAUGCUGUGGUAGCUAUCGUGCGGAAGGAACAUGGCGCGCUCCAUUUCAACGCGGUGACGCUAUAUGAGCCGCGCAAGGCCGAGAUGAUGGCUUGGCUGGCGAAUCCGGAGAGUGCGCCGCGCCCAGUGCGAAAGGCCGAUGUGGUUGUCAUUGCACCGGGAGGGAAGGUGUACGACGGUGUGGUCGAUCUGGAGCAGAACAAGAUCGUAGACUGGAAGCACACACCCAACGUGCAGCCCUUGAUUACCAUGGAGGAUCUGCAGGAAGUCGAGCAUGUGGUGCGAAAAGAUCCCAAGGUCAUUGAACAGUGCUGUAUCAUCGGCAUUCCCGCAGAGGAUAUGCACAAGGUGUAUUGUGACCCAUGGACAAUUGGAUACGAUGAGCGCUUUGGCAAUGGCGUGCGUCUGCAGCAAGCUCUCAUGUACUACCGACCCCAUCCCGAUGACUCUCAGUACACCUACCCUCUCGACUUCUGCCCCAUCUACAAUGCCGAGACCAAGCAGAUCAUUCACAUCGAUGUGCCUCCAGUGCGACGGCCGAUCAACAAGGCCCCGCCAAACAACUAUCAUCCCGCUGCUAUUGAGAAGGAGGGUGGCUUCCGGAAAGACAUCAAGCCGAUUCACAUCACCCAGCCCGAGGGUGUUUCAUUCGAGGUUAAGGGUCGCACCAUCGAGUGGCAGAAUUGGAACAUCCACGUUGGCUUCAACUACCGCGAGGGCAUUGUCUUGAACAAUAUCACGUUUAAUGAUAAGGGCAAUGUUCGACCGGUGUUUUGGCGCCUCUCGCUGGCAGAGAUGGUCGUUCCGUACGGAAACCCCGAGCAUCCCCAUCAGCGGAAGCACGCUUUCGACCUUGGUGAAUAUGGCGGCGGUUAUAUGACCAACAGUCUGGCCCUUGGCUGCGAUUGCAAGGGUGCCAUUCACUAUAUAGACGCUUCCUUCGUCAACCGUGCUGGCGCGUCUACUCUCAUCAAGAACGCCAUCUGCAUUCAUGAAGAAGACGCCGGUAUCCUCUUCAAGCACACCGACUUCCGCGACGAGUCGAUCGUGGUGACUCGCGGCCGCAAGCUCAUUAUCUCGCACAUCUUCACGGCCGCCAAUUACGAGUACUGCGUGUACUGGAUCUUCCACCAGGACGGCACCGUCCAGCUGGAGGUCAAGCUGACUGGUAUUCUGAACACAUAUUCCAUAAACCCCGGUGAGGACACCAAGGGCUGGGGCACUGAGGUGUACCCCGGAGUCAACGCGCACAACCACCAGCAUCUGUUCUGCCUGCGGGUGGAUCCCAACAUCGACGGUCCCAACAACACAGUCUUCCAGGUUGAUGCCGUGCAGGGCCCAGGCGAGGUUGGUAGCGCGGAAAACAAGUACGGCAAUGCCUUCUACGCAAAGAAGACUAAGUUCACCACUCCUCGCGAGGCAAUGUCCGACUAUGACGGCUCAACUAGCCGUACCUGGGAUAUGGCCAACACCAACAAGCUCAACCCACACAGCAAGAAGCCCGUCAGCUACAAGCUUGUCAGUCGAGACGUGCCACCCCUUCUUCCCAAGGAGGGUGGCAUUGUGUGGAAGCGGGCCGGCUUCGCGCGUCACGCGGUGCACGUCACCAAAUACUCCGACGAGGAAAUCCACCCCGCGGGCCGCCACGUUCCCCAAACCUCCGGCGAACCUUCGCAGGGCCUGCCUGCGUGGAUCGAGUCCGCUGGCUCGGAGUGCUCAAUUGACAAUACGGAUAUUGUCCUCUGGCACACAUUCGGUCUGACCCACUUUCCCUCGCCUGAAGACUAUCCCAUCAUGCCGGCCGAGCCCAUGACACUGCUCCUCCGUCCUCGUAAUUUCUUUGAUCGCAACCCUGUUCUUGAUGUACCGCCGAGCUAUUCGCGUACACCCACACAAGUAGCAUCUGGGGCAGGAGCUUGUGGGUGUAAGAAGAGCGACGGGUCGAGCGUUUUGGUUUAA